GCUGACGUCACGCCAGCACUCGCCCCGCCCCCACGUACGGCACGCACGGGCGGUCGGUCCAGGCACAGGAAUAGGCAGGCGGCGAUGUCGGCGGACACGGAGAAGCAGGAGAAGGCGGAGGAGGAGGACGAGGAGAGCGAGGAGGACGACAGCGAGAUCCUCGAGGAGAGCCCCUGUGGCCGUUGGCAGAAGCGGCGCGAGGAGGUGAGCCAGCGCAAUGUGCCCGGUAUCGACAGCGCCUACCUGGGCAUGGACACGGAGGAGGGAGUUGAGGUCGUCUGGAACGAGGUGCAGUUCUCCGAGAGACGCAACUACAAGGCGCAGGAGGAGAAGAUCAAGACGGUGUUUAAUAACCUCAUCCAUCUGGAGCACGCCAACAUCGUCAAGUUCCACAACUACUGGGCUGACAUCAAGGAGAGCAAAGCACGGGUGAUCUUCAUCACUGAGUACAUGUCCUCGGGCAGCCUCAAGCAGUUCCUCAAGAAGACCAAGAAGAACCACAAGACCAUGAACGAGAAGGCCUGGAAGCGCUGGUGCACGCAGAUCCUCUCCGCUCUCGGGUACUUGCACUCGUUUGUGCCGCCCAUCAUCCACGCGAACCUCACGUGCGAAACCAUCUUCAUGCAGCACAACGGCCUGAUCAAGAUUGGCUCCGUCGCCCCCGGCGCUAUAAACGACCACGUGAAGACCUUCCGCGCCGAGCAGAAGGAUCUGCACUUCCUGGCGCCAGAGUACGCAGACCUGGCUGGCAUGACUACGGCAGUGGAUAUCUACUCGUUUGGAAUGUGCGCUUUGGAGAUGGCCGUGCUGGAGAUCCAGCCCAACGGUGACUCCACGGUGGUCUCGCAGGAGGCCGUGCAGGCCGCCAUCGGCUCCCUGGAGGACCCCCUGCAGAGGGAGUUCAUCCAGCGGUGCCUGUGUCCGGAGGCGCCGGGCCGGCCCACGGCGCGGGAGCUGCUCUUCCACCCGGCGCUCUUCGAGGUGCCGUCCCUCAAGCUGCUCGCCGCGCACCGCUUCCUGGGACACGCGCACACCCUGGCGGAGAACGCGGUGGAGGAGAUGACCAAGAGGAUUGAUGUCAACGGAGUCAUCGCCGAGAUCUCCCACCUGGGGAGGGAGGGCGUGCAGUGGAGGUUUUCUCAGCUUUCGUCCCUGGAACUGGACAAGUUUCUCGAAGACGUCAAGAAUGGGAUCUACCCACUGACGGCGUUCGGGCUGCCACAGCCGCACCACUCGGCCCGCGCCCAGUCGCCCGCAGCCCCCGAGUCCGAGCGCAGCCCCACGCCCGAGCCCAUGGAGCAGGAGACGCGCAGGGUGGUCCACGUGCAGUGCAGCGUGGAGGUGUGCGAGGACGGCAGCCGCCGACAUCUCUUGCUCUUCCUGAAGCUGGAUGACAAGCUCAACCGGCAGCUCAGCUGUGAGAUCCAGCCAGGAGACAACUCACAAAUGCUGGUGGCUGAACUGGUGCAGUUUGGCCUCAUCAGUGAGAGCGACUGCGGCAUGCUGGUCGGGCACGUUGACGACGCGCUCGCGACCCACCCUCCGUGCGGCCUGCUCAACGGCUGUGCCCACUCGCUGGCGCCCUCGUAGCCGCCGCUGGCGCCGAGCCACAAAGAUCACCACUGCCGCAGGCACGGCACCGGCGUGCAGCGGCGAUCCCUGCAGCGACGAAGAGCCCCUCCGCCGCUCACCAUCUACCGCUCGCCAUCACCACUCGCCUCCUAAACCCGCUCUGCCGCACCCCCCACCCCACCCACACUGCUGGUCACAGAGCAAUGUCUCGGCUGCCCGUGACCAAGCGAGAGAAGGGGAGGGGGGUGGGGUUCAGUUCUGCCGCGGUGCUAGCCGCGCCGAUUGCCUGCCAGCAGGCACCACCCGUUAUUUAUGUGGCUCGUACGCGCCGUGCUUGUCCGUCAAGAGCACGCGGCUGUGGCCUCCCGACUGUGGGGGGGAAUGGGAGUUUGGGAGGCGCCCCGUGGACCGGGCGCAUCGCGCGCGCUCGGGGCCACCGGCGCCGGCACUCCCUGUCCUGAUUCAGGACGACACUUUUUGUUGCGUUGGUUCGGAGGAGAGUGAGAGAGAGAGAGAAAGAGAGACGCGCCAACGCGUUGCGUUUGCGGAACCUCGGUGGCGGUUUUGUUGAGGUUCCCACCUCAACCCCGUGCCCCCGGGGUUCAUGGUUCUCGUUUCCGGUUGUUUUGAUUGAGAUCCAGCCGGUUUUUGGAUUCAUGACGUUUUGUGCGCAGGGUGGUCCAUGGACGUGUAAGUAAAACGAAAAAAGAUCAAGUUGCAGCCCUGCAAUUACUUUGCUCGUGCCUGUGCUGGCGGAAAGGCCUCCGCUAAAGGGAGCUCCAAACACAUAAGUACCGUAUUGAUCGAAUUAAAAACGAUUAUUAUGC